CCACCACCACCAGCACCAGCCCCGCGCUCGGAGGGGGACCGGGAGGGAUGGACUUCCCGCAGCACAGCCGGCAAGUACUGGAGCAGCUGAACCAGCAGCGACACCUGGGGCUGCUCUGUGACUGCACCUUCGUGGUGGACGGCAUCGACUUCAAGGCCCACAAGGCAGUUCUGGCUGCGUGCAGCGAGUAUUUCCGAACCUUGUUCCUGGACCAGAAAGACGUCGUUCAUCUGGACAUCAGCAAUGCGGCCGGCCUGGGCCAGGUGUUGGAGUUCAUGUACACGGCCAAACUGAACCUGACCUCAGAGAAUGUGCUGGAUGUGCAGGCGGUGGCUGGCUUCCUGCAGAUGCAUGACAUUGUGAAGGCCUGCGAGACAUUCAUCGAUAGUAAACCCUGCACUUUACCAACACCCGUCAACAAGGAGGAGCCACCCCCGCCAAACACUGACGCAGGCGCCGAGUCUCAGAGUAAGGAGGAGAAGGAGGAAAGUAAGCUGCCAUCAGAACAGCCUGAGAAAGAGGAGUUGGACGGAGGAGGAGAAGGAGCAGGAGGCGGAGCAGGAGGAGGGGGGGGAGAGGGGAAAGGAGACUUGAAGGACGAAGGAGGAGUGGAGUCGGAAGAUGAUGAAGCGGCAAUGGAGUUUGAAGACGAUGAAGACGAAGAUUACAAACCAGGAGACAGUGUGAAAGACGCGAUCUCGAAGACCUACGGCAAACGACGCCACAUCCCUGCCAGGAAAAGCACGUUGAGCGACGCCAAAGACAGCAACGACGUGUCAGAGAAUCUCAAUCAAGCCACAGAGGAAAGCGAGUCCAAGAAGGAGCCUGAGGCAGAUCCCAGUGACGGCAGCGAGGAAGAUGAAGAGGAAGAGGAAGAUGAGGAGGAGGAGGACGGGGAGCGGCCGCGGCGGAUCCGCAGGGACAGCCUUACUCGGUCUGAGGACAGCGAGAAGCAAGACCCGGCCACGGAGUCCGAUGCCGCGCUGGACGAUCAGGACGGGGUCCACGACACCAGGCGGAGACGUUUCGGCCCCUACAUCGACCGCACCGAGUCCAGGCCGUAUGGAUCCAUCACGCACAAGUGCGAGGAUUGCGGGAAGGAGUUCACUCACACGGGGAAUUACAAGCGGCACGUGCGGAUACACACGGGGGAGAAACCCUUUUCCUGUCGGGAAUGUAACAAAGCCUUCUCCGACCCCGCGGCCUGCAAAGCGCACGAGAAGACCCACAGCCCAGUGAAGCCGCACUCCUGUGAGGAGUGCGGGAAGAGCUACCGGCUGAUCAGUUUGCUGAACCUGCACAAGAAGCGGCACACGGGCGAAGCCAAGUACAGCUGCGAUGACUGCGGGAAGAUGUUCACCACGUCCGGCAACCUGAAGCGUCAUCAGCUGGUGCACAGCGGCGAGAAGCCGUACCAGUGUGACUACUGCACUCGUUCAUUCUCCGAUCCCACCGCCAAGAUGCGGCACCUGGAGACGCACGACGCCGACAAAGUCCACAAGUGCCCGCACUGCGAGAAGCGGUUCAACCAGCUGGGGAACCUGAAGGCCCACCUCAAGAUCCACAUCAUCGACGGACCCCUGAAGUGCAGGGAAUGCGGGAAGCAAUUCACCACCUCAGGGAAUCUGAAACGUCACCUGCGGAUUCACAGCGGGGAGAAGCCCUACGUGUGCCCACACUGCCAGCGAGCGUUCUCCGACCCCGGAGCCUUGCAGCGGCACGUCCGCAUUCACACAGGUGAGAAGCCCUGUAUCUGCAUCAUCUGUGGGAAAAGCUUUACUCAGGCCAGCUCGCUCAUUGCACAUGUGCGGCAGCACACAGGAGAGAAACCGUACGUCUGUGAUCGCUGCGGGAAACGGUUCACUCAGUCCAGUCAGUUAGCCAACCACAUCCGGCACCACGACAACAUCCGACCGCAUCAGUGUCACAUCUGCAACAAAGCCUUUGUCAACGCCGGAGACCUGGCCAAACACGUCAUCAUUCACACCGGUGAAAAGCCCUAUCUCUGCGACACGUGUGGCCGGGGCUUCAACCGUGUGGACAAUCUGCGCUCGCACGUCAAAACCGUGCACCAGGGGAAAACCGUCCUCAAAAAGCUCAAAGGCAAAGAUGACGAUGAUGAGGAAGAGGAAGAGGAGAGGAACGUGGUCACCGUGACGACCGACACCAUGGUUACUCUAGCCGCGGAGGCAUUGGCUGCGACUGCGGUCACCCAGCUGACAGUGGUGCCUGUGGCGACAGCAGUGACUGCGGACGAGACGGAGGUGCUGAAGGCAGAGAUCACAAAGGCCGUGGAACAGGUUCAGGAAGCAGAUCCCAACGCGCACAUCCUAUACGCCUGCGACUCCUGUGGGGAGAAGUUCCUGGACGCCAACAGCCUGGCUCAGCACGUGCGGAUUCACACAGCUCAGGCCCUGGUUAUGUUUCAGGCGGACACAGACUUUUACCAGCAAUACAGCAACGGCACUUGGCAGGCAGAGCAUGUCAUCCAGCCAGCGGAGCUGCUCUUUCGGACACGCGACGGAGCCGAGCUCCAGCCCAACGGAGCCGAGCAGACUCCGGUCCUGAGCUGCCAGAACCCCUCGCAGUGAGGGCCACGCCCAGUCGCACAGACGUCGCUUCAGCGACGUUGGGAUAAAAGCCGCGGCCUCUGGCCCUCAGCGAAGGCGAAGGAUUCUACACCACCCGGAGGAAAGGCGAGAGCUCUUUCCGUGUAGAUCGUCACAUUGUGAGACCGAGGUGAAUGUGCUGAGAACGGCUGAGGAUUCAGGCCCAAAGGCCUCUGUUAAAGGCAGGAUCUCAGUGAACUCAUGGUACUCUGCGGUGGUUGCAAGGAGAUACUCUGCUUGCUGCACUCUCGUCCCCUCCCUCCCUCCCACGGUUACUCAGCAUGGUCAGAUUGAGUGGCUGCAGCACCCCAGGAAUUAAACCCAUUACUGCCAACCUGAGGAGCAAGCAGCAUGCACACGCUCCCAGUCAGUCUGAAUGCAAACACGUUGGAAUCAAGACCGGGUGGAAGUCUGAUGGGUUGCCUCGGCUUCCCCCAUUACGGUUCCUCUCUGCUCAGCGAGCUAGUAAUAAGGACAAGUGGCAGCUUAUUCUCCCUUCAACGCAACACUGGCAACUACUGAGAACAGGGAACCUGCUGAGCACAUACAUACAGAGGCCAGGACUCCACUGCCAGUCAGUGCAGGACUCGGAAACACAAAGUCCUUCAGGAGCAUUUCAGUACAAUUGGAUCUGGAUUGUACCUUCCCCCCACCCCACCCCCCUCCUCAAGUUGGAAUAUGUCCUGUUAAUUAUUUAUAAUAAGAAAAUAAAUGAUGGUUGAUUU